UCCUUGCUAGCGGCUGCCACCUGGGGUACGCUUGCCACCUGAUUUGUGUACUGAAGCUCCCUAUCGGGGACUCGAUAGAGCUGUUUGAUAGGCGCAGCUUGGCUCAGACUUCAGAGGUAUUUGAACAUGAGAAAUUGUGCUUGUAUUGCCCCAUGAUUCACGUCUGCUUCACUCAUGAAUUCCUCCACAAGGAACCCUCUUGAGGUCAACCAUGAAUCUAUGUCAGAGUUGACCAAAUAGACUUUGGCCUCGCCAGUAUACCCAGGUGAACAAAUGAUAGGCUUUCCGCUAUUCAUAUUUGUACAUUACAACGCCUGUUUGUAAUUUACUCGUAGUUCUAAUGGAUGCUGGUCGUCAUUCCGAGUCAGUGGUCCAUUCCCCUUUGAUCAAUCGGAAGCGACCUGCUAGAGCCAUAAACAAAGCUAUCGCGGAAAGUACAAGGUACGUAUCACCAACAUGCCGUCCAUUCGGCCCAUAUGAGCUCCAUGGCGCAAAUAGAACGUGCGUCAUCAAACCAGCUCGUAAGAAAUCUGGGGAAGACGGGCCACGGCGAGCAGAAACGGGAGUGGGAUGGGCACUAGGCGCUGCCGUUGACCAAUUCCGCUUUUUGCGGGGUACUUGCAAACCGCUGCCGAUGCUUGAUGCCGACCUUGAAUUGGGGAUCAGUGCACAUCUUGCCCAUCUCCCACACGCAACGUGCUGCAAGUGAUCAUCCCUUGCUGCGCGCCCAAACGCAAAUGCGACAUGCUGGAUAUUACGUCGCUUUCAUCCAAGAUAUGAGAUGCUCUAUAAGUGUCGCUAUUGCGGCCCACUGAUAGCCAAAUUCGCGCAUUCAGUCUUCCCAUUUAUUGUUGAGUCACCCCUUUUCCGGGACAUGUGAAUCGGUUCUGCGCGAUAUCAAUAAACAAAGAGUUUUGCAGUUUUUUUUAUCCUCGGUAUCAAUGCAACAUUCCGCGGAGGUUUACCUCUCCU